AUGGAACCCUCCAAAACUAAAGAGGACCAGUACGACAUCCUCAUCAUCGGUGCUGGCCUCUCCGGCAUCUGUGCACUGCACAAUCUUCGAGAACGCUUCCCGUCUUGGCGAGUGGGAGUCAUUGAAGCAUCUGAUAAUGUUGGAGGCACGUGGUACUGCAACCGCUACCCUGGCGCACGCGUUGAUUCCGAGUCGCUCUCCUACGCCUACUCGUGGGAUAAGGAGGUGUUGAACGAGUGGCAUUGGAAAGAAUCCUUCGCUCCUCAAUCAGAGAUCCAUCGUUAUAUUGAGUACGUCUGUGACAAACACGACCUGCGCAAAGAUAUUCAGUUCAACACUCGAAUCAAGACUGCCCAAUGGCAAGAUAAAAGCAACACCUGGCUAUUUUGCGAUGAAGCCGGCAACCUUUAUCGCGCCCGCUUCUUCAUCAGCUGCAUGGGAUUCCUGUCUACCCCGACACUUCCAGCUAUCCCCGACAUCGAGAAAUUCAAAGGCGAGGCCUUCCACACUUCCCGCUGGCCACAAGACUUCGACCUGAAGCGCGACCUGGCCAACAAGCGGAUCGGCGUGAUCGGUACUGGUGCUACUGGAAUCCAGACCAUCACUGCAGUAUCGAAAGAGCCUAGUAUCAAAUCCUUGAGCGUUUUCCAGCGGACCGCCAACUGGUCAGCACCCCUUCGCAAUGAGUCCAUCAGUAUCGAGCAGAUGGAACAACACCGCAAGGACUACGACGCCCUUUUCCAACUAUGCGCUGAGACUCCGGGCUGCUUCAUGCACCAAGCCGACCCCCGCAAGUCCCUAGAAGUGUCUGAGGCAGAGCGCGUCAAGCUCUGGGAAGAGAUAUACGCAAAGCCCGGCUUCGCCAAAUGGCUCGGCACAUUCAGCGACACAUACACCAAUCGCGAGGCGAAUAGGCUCUACUCUGACUUCAUGGCAAGCAAGAUUCGAGCCAGAGUUCGCGAUCCGAAGGUGGCGGACAGUUUGAUUCCGAAGAACCACGGCUUCGGCACACGGCGUGUCCCUCUCGAGAGUGGAUACUUUGAAGUUUAUAACCAGCCUAACGUCAACCUUGUCGAUCUACAGAAAACUCCUAUUGAGAGAGUAACAGAGAAAGGCAUUAUCACAUCCGAUGGUAAGCACCAUGACCUGGAUGUCUUGAUCUAUGCCACUGGUUUUGAUGCCAUCACUGGUGCAUUUAGCUCGAUUGACUGGGCGGGCAAAGAUGGCCGACCCCUCCUCGGCUCUAGCGACACCAAGGAAGGCCAACAAGCAAUUUGGGUUGACCAUCGCCCACGCACAUACCUGGGUAUGACAGCCAACUCCAUGCCUAAUAUGUUUAUGGUUCUUGGUCCUCAUCAGCCAUUCGGCAAUGCCCCUCGGACCAUUGAGCAUGCUGUUGAUGUUAUCUCCGACUUGCUCCAGUAUUGCAAGGAUAACAACUACUCCUAUGUGGAGCCUGCGCCAGAAGCAGUUGAUGCUUGGACUGAGCAUGUUGUGGAGUGCAGCAAGGGUGCUUUGUCGAAUGAAGUUGAUAGUUGGAUGACUGGUGUUAACAAAAAUGUGAAGGGCAAGACUGUUCGCAGUGUCGCUCGGUACUCUGGUAGCGCUGUCGAGUAUCGUCGGAGAUGCGCUCAGUCUAAGGCGGAAGGGUGGAAGGGGUUGGUCUUUGACACUCUUCCCAGUGCUACGGUUUCGAAUGCUCAGCUUGCCACAGCCAGGCUUUGA